AAAGCGCUUCACACAGACUUUACUCAGCUUGAGUUGGAAAAACAUAAAGUUACUUUAGUUUAUUUAAUUAAAAAUUCAGCUCUUUAUGUGAGUGAAAAUACGUUUUAUUGCCAAUCAAAGCAUCGACACGGACUUUGCACCUGGAAAGUUGCGUCCGUUGCUACAUCACCUUGAAGGAGCAGCGGUGGACUUUGGGAGGUAUCAUCCACAAAAUGCCUGGCGUUGUCUUCCUAAUCGUCGUGCCGACAGCGAACUUUGAGCGGGAGCUGAUUUACGGCACUUCAAAUAAUGUUUUAACUGAGCCACAGACUGGCCCGGCGGGUGGUGUUGCUGGCCAUGGGCUCCAUCCAAUGGCCAGUGGUAACAAUAAUCUGAACAUCAAUCUUCCGGAAAAUAACAACGCAAUACUCCGACUCGAAGUUGAGUUACGUGACAAGAAUGUGCCCAAGUAUCGACGCGGUGGCGGCAUGGGCGGUGCAGGGCGUGGUGCCAGCCCGGGUCGUGGCGCUGCUGCAACAGCAGCAGCUGCUAAGCGGGCCCCGCCAGGUGGGGCCGGUGGUGGCGUUGCGACUGGUACGCCGGCCGUGCCACUGGACAGACGUAAUUUAGUGGUGCCGCUUGAAAAGGUACUCGAGGAGUUACUUGUCAAGCUUGAAAUUGAGCACGUUACUUGGACGACGAGCAAAAAAGGUUAUUUCCAUCACGUCGUUUUCCCGCUGCAGGCCGGCGAUGCCUGCGAGACGACGCUCCACUGUCUAACGGAGCUGGGCAUUGGCACUAAAUUGAAUUCCAGUGUCAGCGUUCUGCCAUGCAGCGUCAGCUACGAUGCCAUCACAGAAGCCUCCAACAUGCGCGACGAUUACAGCGAUGAUGCCGAGGAUACCUCCAAGUGGAACAACUUUGUGGAAUCGAUUAAAUCGAAACUAACCGUGAAACAGGUUGUGGAUGGCGUGCGAGCCGGUGGCUCCUUAUCCUUUGACUACUUGCUGCUAAUUGUAACCGCCGACUCUUUGGCAGCCCUGGGCUUGGUCGAGAAUAAUUCCCCGAAUAUUGUUGCGGCCAUGUUGGUAUCCCCGCUUAUGGGUCCCGUUAUGUCAAUUACAUUUGGCGCAAUUAUCUCGGACAGAGAGCUAAUGCGCGUUGGCUUUUUAUCCUUGGGCCUGGGAAUGUUGAUCUCGUGUGUUUUUGGGUUCUGCUUCGGCCUGAUUCUGGGCACCACCGAAAUGCCUUGGGGUCAGAAUAUGGAUUGGCCCACGGAGGAGAUGCGCGGCAGGGGCAAUGUGCGAGCUUUGUGGAUGGGCGUGCUCUGGGCCUUAACAUCUGGCACUGGCGUGGCUGUUGCCCUGCUUCAGGGUUCUGCGGGGCCGCUGAUUGGCGUUGCUAUAUCAGCCUCACUUCUACCACCCGUUGUCAAUUGCGGUCUGUUCUGGUCGCAGGCCUGCAUCUGGCUCAUCUAUCCGGAGAAACGUAUACCGCACUUGAAAAACGAGGCAAUGAACGCCACCAGCUCCUACCCGUUCCUCUACACGGACUAUUUGCCCACCGAGUUCCUCAUCAAUGGCAUUGUGUCCGCCUGUUUGACGGUAGUGAAUGUGAUUUGCAUAUUUAUAACGGCCAUAAUAGUGUUGAAAAUCAAGGAAGUAUCGGCGCCAUACACGGCCAGUCCGGACCUAAAGCGCUUCUGGGAAACAGAUCUUCGGACCGUGCGCAAGACGAACCGCUCUACGAUGCGCCAUCGCCAGGGCACUUUCCGGGGAGGAGCUGACAAGCUCAUGAGUGGAAACUAUCAGGGUCUAGACGAAGCACGUAGUGCCAAAAUGGACUCAGCACUGGAGCGAGCCCUGGCACAGGCCGAAGGCGAUGCGACCUUCAAGAAGGUCAAAAGGAUGAGCUACUCGAGCAAUGCCGCGGGUGAAUUAACUGAGCGCUUGGCCAAAAUAGCUGGACUCAACAAACGCCAUGGGGAAGAUCCGAUGCACACGAACCCAAGCAGCUUGGCUGGCAGCCGCAUGAACUCCAUACGAAACUCUCAGCUGAAAGUCGAUCUGAAGGUCUUGGACAAGUUGGUCAGCAAUCUCCUGCAGCAGCAUGCGGCUGGCGCUGGACGCGAUACGAACACCAAUGGCAACUUGGAAGCGGGCAGCCGCACGCCGCCCGUGCAACGACAGACCUCCAAGAAACUCAACCGCUGGCGUCCGUUGUCUCGGUCGGUGCACAGCUUCAAACGUGGCGACAGCAGAGACUAUGGAGGCGGCAACUUUACGCAGCUGCAGGAGCGCAGCGAGGCGCAGGCGUCGCUGGCGCCCAAUAUGCCCACGAUUAUGGAGAGCAGCGCUGGCAGCCCAACGCCGAACAAUGCCCAGCCUCAGGCGCAGAAUCCUUGGACGGCCUCGCUGGAGCGCACACCUGGCGCAGUUCGCAAUAUGCUGCACAACAUCAGCCAGGCCGGCAACGCCGUCGUUCAGGAGGAUCAGCUCAAUCUAACACAGAACUAUGUGGGCUAACCAAGAAGCUCAACAGAAAUAAAUUUAUGCUUAAUCUUUAUAUACUUAAACUGUUG